AAUGCAGCCGAGACCUGACUCACUAGUCAGAUGAUGACAGUUAGCCUGUCUGCUUCAAUGGGUGAAGGGAUCAAUCUGCAACUAAUGCAACAGCUGGAGGCACCCUGAUUGAAAACCACAGGGUCUGAAAAUGAUUGAAGGAUACAGUCCAGUAAUACAGGCUCUUUUAGGGACGUUGUUUACAUGGGGCCUGACCGCAGCUGGAUCUGCGUUGGUUUUUGUCUUCUCUAGCGGACAGAGACGUAUCCUGGAUGGAAGUUUGGGCUUUGCAGCUGGGGUUAUGCUGGCUGCUUCCUACUGGUCCCUCCUGGCCCCAGCUAUAGAGAUGUCCAGCCAGUAUGGGAGCUGGGCCUUCCUCCCGGCUGCUAUUGGCUUUUCUUUUGGCGCAGGCUUUGUGUAUUUCGCUGAUAAGCUUCUGCCAGCACUGGGUGCGAGCGAUGAUCCUUUCUCCAUUGCAACAUCAAAUCAUGACUUCAGACCCGUCAAAGAGAAGGAUGAAGCGUUGUCAUAUGAAGAGCGGGAGCUGAGCAUCCGGAUAGGUAGAGGCGUAGCUCACACAGAUAAAAUAGAGAAUGGUGACUUAUACCAGAGAAAGAGAGCGGCCCAUUCUCCCCUCGCCGAUGACACCUCUACACUGAACACCCGUGAUUCCGAACACAAAGCUGGAAACAGCUGGAGACGGAUCUUGCUGCUGAUCCUCGCUAUUACCAUUCACAACAUUCCAGAGGGCCUGGCAGUGGGAGUAGGAUUUGGUGCUAUUGGAAAAACCGCAUCAGCCACAUUCGAGAGUGCAAGAAAUCUAGCUGUUGGAAUAGGGAUACAGAAUUUUCCAGAAGGCCUUGCAGUCAGCCUGCCACUGCGUGGAGCAGGAGUAUCUACAUGGAAGGCGUUUUGGUAUGGACAGCUCAGUGGAAUGGUAGAACCCAUUGCUGGUGUGUUAGGAGCUGUGGCCAUAACACUGGCAGAACCGCUGUUACCCUAUGCAUUGUCCUUUGCUGCAGGUGCCAUGGUGUAUGUGGUGAUGGAUGACAUUAUUCCAGAAGCGCAAACUGGUGGCAAUGGGAAGCUGGCCUCAUGGACCUGCAUUCUGGGCUUUGUAGUCAUGAUGUCUUUGGAUGUUGGUCUCAGUUAAUGAAAAACAAGACUAGAAGAGGUGCUGGCGCCACGUCUCAUGUUUACACUUUAUGAACUAUUCUAGCCUAGCUUUUUUAAAUCAUCGGGGAUGAUUGCCGGAGCGGUGCGUGCCGAUUAGCAGAAGAGCCGAAUUGAUUAUCGUAAAAAUGAAUGAUGGGUUGUAUUUAAUGACCAAAUGUCUUGUGUGUUAUAUAUUGUUGGUCUGGGUUGUUUGAAGCUUUAUAUAUAAAGUGAUUAACCAACAGGCAGUAUGACUUCAUAAUGUAAUAAUCAUGCAUUGAAUCCAUACAGUUGAUUUUUAAGAAAUUGUCAAAGAAAAAAACACUUCUUUCUUGAUAAAACAGCACCACUCUUGUCCACUGGUUGCGUCUGGUAUUGCAGCUCUGCUCCACCGAAGUAAAUGGGACUGAGCUGUAAUACUAGACACAACCUGUGGACAAGAACAAAAAAUAAAGCUAAGUUUUUCUAGUCCUGGACAGCCCACAUAACUGUUAUUUUUACAUAUAAAUUUAAUGGUGAAUGUUCAGCACCUUUCUCUUGUGCACAGUCUGACAUUGGCCAUGGGGAGACGCUGCAGCGCACCGGACAAACCUGCAUAGGGAAAAACAAAAACUUUUUUUUUUUUCUAGACCUUCCCAUCUUUAGUCCAGAUCUCUAGAUCUCUCUCCCCCCCCCCCCCCCCCCCUCCUCCAAAUAAGCUGAAUUAGGGGGCUGCAGUGCUUGUUCACCUGGCCACAGUUCAUACACUUUUGGCUGUGCCUGGUACAAGUAAAAGGGAUGCAACUCCAACUCCAGGCACAGAAACAAGAGAGUUUGUACCAGUUACAAGUGUGCCUUCUCUACUGUGCCUUCCUCGCUCAUCCACUAACUCAUGUACAAACAGGAGUAACUAUAGGUGCAGCUUAAGUGUACAUUGGGCGGUCAAAAAUAUUUAUUAACUGAAAAUAGCGGCAACUAUUGGUUGGUUUCACCGGCGUUUUGUCUCCAUUUAUGUAUUUCUAUUAUAGUAUGUUUAAAAGGAAACUGGCAGCUGGGUCACCCGCAUUAAACACAAUACACAAGGUUAUAGUGCGGGUGAACUGGAUAAAACGGAGGUAAAACUCGCUCUGAUUAGUGCGGCUGUAGUAGCGAUACAAGUAGUAUUAGGGUCUGUUGCUAAUAUGCUAAUGUCAUCUUUUGCGCAAUGGAGGCAGGAGCCAGCAUACAGAGCUUUCCUGCCUCCAUCCCCUCUGCUCUUAAAGGGGUACUCCGGUGGAAAACUUUUUUUAUUUUUUUAUUUUAAUGAACUGGUGCAAGAAAGUUAAACAGAUUUGUAAAUUACUUCUAUUAAAAAAUCUUAAAGGGGUACUCUGCUGCCUAGUGCUUAUUUCACCAACUUUUUACCUCUUACUUGAUGACUUCACAUAACACCCCUGUACUGUAUGCGCCUUAUCCAUUAGCAUUGUCGUUCCUUGAGUUGGUGUUCUGUCUGGCUCACGUUGUUGCUUAUUUCCUGUUGUUCGGUCCGUGAAAACUACCAUUCCCCUAAUACAUUGCGGCCUGAUUAUGCGCUUAGGUGCCAUCUUUUAUUUCCGCCCAUAGGCGUCCUAGCUUCUGCCCCUUGUUUCUUCUUUCCACGCCCAUUAUGUUCCAUUGUUCGGUAGAGAAAUGUGCGCCUGCGCAUCCCUACGCUGCCAGCGUAGUGCUAACGUAGCAUACGUUAGUAGCGUAGCCAUGCGCAGUUCUCCUUCCAGUUCAGGGUUUACGUUCCUAGCGUAGCCCUGCGCAUGCCCAGUUGUCCUUACAGCUCAGGGCUACGCUACUAACGUAAGCCCUUAUCUGUAAGAACUACUGCGCAUGCGCAGGGCUACGCUACUAACGUAGCCGAUGUUAGCACUACGCUGUAAGCGUAGUGCUGAGAACGCGAUUCACAAAAUGACCAGACAUACGCACUACGCGCCGAAGAUGACUCUCAAAAUAUACAUGACGCGCCUGCCGCAAAGGACGAUUGGACCAGGCUAGGACACUCACACAAGGGGCAGCAAAGAAAGUGGAAAAACGUAAUUCCCACACAAUUUCAAAGAAUGAAUAUUCAAGAAGUGGGCCGGCUUGACUACGGACACGGGAGGAGGGAAAUGUGGACGUCAACGCCGACACUGCAGGGCGGGCUGACAACAACAUGGCCGCAAACGUUGCCAGCAGUCACCAAGGACCAAAAAACUACACUACUUCCUGCACAUAGGAACAGUAAGUAUAAUAAUAUGCAUUAUUGACACAGCAAGCAUAUAAGAGAGUUAAACAACUUUACACAAUGGGCAAAUGUAUUGAUAAAGUCAUAGCAGCGGAGUACCCCUUUAAUCCUUUUAGUACAUUUUAGCAGCUUGUAUGCUACAGAGGAAAUUCUUAACUUUUUUUAAUUUCUUUUUUGUCUUGUCCACAGUGCUCUCUGCUGACACCUCUGUCCAUCUCAGGAACUGUCCAGAGCAGCAUAGGUUUGCUAUGGGGAUUUUCUUCUGCUCUGGAAAGUUCCUGACACAUGCAUCAGGUGUCAGCAGAGAGCACUGUGGACAACACAAAAAAUAAAAAUAAAGAUUUUCCUCUGUAGCAAACAGCUGCUAAAAAGUACUGAAAGUAGAAGUAAUUUACAAAUCUAAACAGAAAAAAGUGGGUGGUGCAGCUCACAAUUAUAUACUGACCGAGGUGAAGUAGGCUAGAAAACACCUAUACCCUAGGUGUGAGAGCGAAAUAAAAUAUUUGAUACAAAGAUUGUCUACACCUCAAGGGCAGUAUUCACAUUAAUAAAUUGGUUGACUGAGACCG